AUGGCUAGCCCACAGGUUCUCGUGUUCGAUGCUGAGGGCCGCCCUGUGAAGUUUGACACCUGGCUCGAUGACCUGCACCUCUACCUACAGCUCACAGCCAAGGAUGACAUGUCACUGUACGAUCACGCUCUAGGCCAUGUCACUGCCCCUGCUGCUACUGCUGAUAGCACUGCUUGCUCACAGUGGCAGACUCGUGAUGCCCACGCUCGCUUCGCCAUUCGCAACUCCCUGCCGAUAGACGAACGCGAGCACUUUGGUCAGCACAAGACUGCACAGGCACUGUACACUGCUGUAGUUGCUCGCUACUCCUCACCUGCCUCUGCCGCACUAGGCCGUCUCUCCCUCCCCUACCUGUUUCCCGACCUGGCCUCCUUUCACACAGUCACUGACCUCAUCACGCACCUCCGUACUAGUGAGGCCCGCUUCCGUGCCGCCAUGCCUGCUGAAUUCCUUGCCACCCACCCCCCUCCACUCUGGCUCACUCUCUACCACCUAGUCACCCGCCUCCCUGACACACUGCGUGCUGUCAGGGACCACUUCCUAGCUCGUUGCCCCACUGAGCUCACCAUUGCCCUCCUCGAGAAGGAGCUACUUGCAGCUGAGACUAGCAUAGUCGCUGUAGGUGCCUCUCGUGGCGACCCCCGUACCCCGUUCUUUGAGGGGUCGGCGCUGCGUCUGCCUCGAGCGGACGCCGCAGCGGCAAAGGCAAAGGGGGCAAGGGUGGUGGCGGUGACGGCGGGGGAGGCGGCGGUGGGGGCGGUGGAGGCAGUGGGGGUGGUGGCUCGGCUGGAGGGGCGAGUGGUAGCGGGUGGGGGUGGUGGCGGCAGCGGCGGGGGAGGUGGCAGGAGUGGAGGCGGCGGUUGGGGUGGCGGUGGACGAGGCGGCGGCAGGGGUUGGGGUGGUCGAGGAGGUGGCAGCGGUGGUGGUGGCCGUGGAGGCACUGGCGGUGGCCAGGGCCACCAGCACACUCCCUCGCCCCAGGUGGUCCGUGAGUGGUACUCUCAGCACGGGGGUGGGGGUGGUCUUAGCUGCACGUACGUCAUUCGCACUGGUGACCGCACUGGUCAGCAGUGUGGACGACCGCACGCCACACAGCGCUGCUUCUCUCGUCUCGACGACGCUUGGCGUGUUCAGUUCCCUCAGGCCACUGAGCUGCCCCGCUGGCUUGAUCUCCUGAAGAAGGGGAUUGAUAUCUAUGCUCUAGACUUUGAUGCUAUUCUAUCUGCCAUGUAUGUGAUGUCUACUAGUGGAGAGGGUACUGAGUACUUGUGUGUGCCGCCCGACCCGGGCAUUAGGGCCAGUGCGUCUGCCGCUCCAGGUACUCGCGUGUCGGCUACCCCAGGUGCUGGUGAGGCUGCUGCUCUAGGUGCUCGUGUGUCUCCCCCCCUUGGUACUGCUAGCGUUGACUGCUGCACUGCACACCUUCACACUGGACUCAGGGUCCUUCCUGCCCUCCCACCCUCGCCUGCUCCUACCUGUCUCCCCUGUGUCGAGGGACGGCAGCGCGCCGCCCCUCACUCCUCCUCGUUCCCCCCGACGACUGCUCCCUUGCAGACACGUCCACAUGGACGUGUGGGGCCCAGCCCGCGUCCGUG